AUGAAAGAAGUAAAUUAUGCGAAAUUCAUUAAAGAAGUGAAGAUUCAAAGGAAGCUUGACGGUGCCGGUGGUGCCCCCCGUAUACACGCAGUGUGUCAAGAAGAUUCGUCUGUCAUCAUGGACUACACCGGUAUAACUUAUGAUGAGUACAUCAAUUAUGCCACCACAAGACAAAAGGUCCAUACACUGGUUAAAAUCGCGGAAGCCUUGUGUGAGAUUCACCAGAAAAAUAUAUUUCAUAAUGAUUUAAAACAAAAUAAUAUAACAAUUACCGUCAAAGAAAAAGAUUCUACCGUCCAUAUAAUCGACUUUGGAAAAGCAACAGACCACGAAAAGUAUAUAAACCGCGGUAAAAAAUCAAGAUAUUGGAUUGCACCGGAAUUCGCCUCUGGUGGCGUCACUUCUGCUGCGUCCGACACGUACUCUUUUGGACAGCUGGUGCGGGACGUCAGGGACUAUAUCACUGAUAACAGACUAAUACUUGAACUCUUUGACAAGAUUGUUGACAUGACCACCUGUGAAGAUCCUCUCCACCGCGUACCGCUGACAGAAGUUGUACGCGUCAUGAAUGAGUGCCUACCAAUCGCAAACUGA